GCCACCUGGUCAAAGGCAAACGAAGCCGGCAGAAUGCAGUGGCUUAAUAUGAAGCUUCGCUUUGUAAAUUUAAUUUGUAUUUUAAUUAGCUCAACAUGGGCCCAAUUAGGAGGGGAUCCCAAUGGCUAUCUCACCUACUGUCCCUGCAUGGGACGCUUCGGCAACCAGGCUGACCACUUUCUGGGCUCAUUGGCCUUUGCCAAGGCCCUAAAUCGCACCCUGAUCCUGCCGCCGUGGGUUGAGUAUCGCAGGGGCGAGUUGCGAUCCCGCCAGGUGCCAUUCAACACGUACUUUGAGGUGGAACCAUUAAAGGAGUACCAUCGCGUCAUCACCAUGGCGGAUUUCAUGUGGCACCUAGCCGACGACCUGUGGCCGGAGUCAGAACGGGUGUCAUUUUGCUACAAGGAGCGCUUCAGUCUGCAGCAGGAAAAGAACGACCCAGAAAAGCCCAAUUGCCACGCCAAGGAUGGGAAUCCGUUCGGUCCGUUUUGGGACACCUUCCACAUUGACUUUGUGAGGUCAGAGUUUUAUGCGCCACUGCAUUUUGAUGUCCACCACAGCAACGAAGCUGCUAAGUGGCAAAACAAGUAUCCGGCGGAGUCCUGGCCUGUUCUCGCCUUCACCGGAGCUCCUGCUAGUUUUCCUGUCCAGCUGGAGAACUGCAAGCUGCAGCGUUAUAUGCAGUGGAGCCAGAGAUACAGGGACGCGUCUAGGGAUUUCAUCAGGGAGCAACUGCCACGUGGCGCCUUCGUUGGCAUACACCUACGCAACGGCAUCGAUUGGGUGAGGGCCUGCGAGCACGUCAAGGAUAGCCAGCACCUGUUCGCCUCCCCGCAAUGUUUGGGCUAUAAAAACGAACGAGGAGCCCUCUAUCCGGAGCUUUGUAUGCCCUCCAAGGAGGCCAUCAUCCGCCAGCUUAAGAGGACCAUCAAGAACGUGCGCCAGACCCAGCCGGACAAUGAGAUAAAGUCUGUUUUUGUGGCUUCCGACUCUAAUCACAUGAUUGGCGAACUUAGCACGGCGCUCAGUCGCAUGGGCAUUAGUGUACACAAGCUGCCAGAGGACGAUCCUUACUUGGAUUUGGCCAUUCUUGGUCAGUCGAACCACUUUAUUGGAAACUGCAUCUCUUCUUACUCCGCUUUUGUAAAAAGAGAGCGAGACUCUCACGGUUUUCCCUCCUAUUUUUGGGGAUUUCCUAAGGAGAAGGAGCGAAAGCAUUCCAAUGUGCACGAGGAGCUGUAACUGAUCAACAGGAAACUCUACUUAAAUACUCUGGCAGGACAUUUGUCGGUUUUCAUUUUCAAGGCAUAAAGUUUAAAACGAAUUAAAGGUAUUUUUCAUUUCAUAAAAACUUGUCAGUAUAAUAGUUAUUAAUUACUUAAAUUUUGUACAUCGCUUUUAGAUUUUAGUUCCUGUGCAAGCUAAAAGUUCCAAUUUACAAUGUAAUAUAUUAAACAAUAAAAAAUAUUUUGUAAUCUUUUGAUCGAAUUUAAAUGUUUAAAAUAAAAUGCUAUUAGCUUAA